AUGGUCGACCCAAAAAACUGUCGAGUUCUCAAUCUGGUGCUUAAAUUUAUUGUUCAGAAAUGCAAGGACGAGAAUUUUGCAUCAGUUUUCUCAAAGCAAAACAGUCCAAACCAGAAAGUGCGUCGCCUAUCUGUUCAGAGUGCUUGCACUUUUUCGUCAAUGAACAUUCAGAAAGUUCGUUCCAUGUCCCUCUUCAGCUAUGAUAAUAUUUCUCCCUCUACUAUUGAAAACAAAUUUCAAGACUUGAGAUUGCUAAGAAUCUCGAACAUGCAAGGUUCAGCUCUGAUAGAAUUUCCAAAAAUAUUUGAAAUAAAGGUGAUUCCCAAGUCCAUAAAGAAGCUUUAUUACCUUGAAACAUUGGAUCUUAAGAGGACUAACGUGGUCAAGCUUCCAAAAAAAAUCCGUGCACUGAAGAAUCUCCGGCAUCUCUUCACUAGCCAAAAAACUGUUGGCAAAAGUGGUAGGAUCAUACAAGAUUUAAAACAUUUGAGCCAACUUUGGAAGCUGGGACUUACUCGGAUCCCAGAAGAAUUUAGCAGAGACUUGUGUGAAUCCAUCGAAAAGAUGGAGAAUCUGAACUGUUUGGAUCUAUGUACAACCACUAAGAAAGAGUAUCUUCAACUGGGUGAAUUGGUCAAUCAUCUUGUCUCUCUUCAGCGGCUAUACUUGAAAGGGCGCCUCGAAGAAUUCCCAAAAUGGAUCUCCUCACUUGAUAAUCUGUUCAAAAUUGUUCUGAAGUGGUCCAAGUUGCGCUACAGUCCACUGAAUUCUCUUCUAGAUCUGCAUAACCUCAUGGAGCUUCAGCUGGUUGAUUGUUAUGUGGGCGAGGAGUUGGUAUUUGAACAUUCGAGCUUCAAGAAACUAAAGAAAUUGGUUAUCGAAGAACUUUCAGAACUACACAAAAUUGUGAUUGAGAAAAAUGCUAUGCCUGAACUUCAACAAAUAUCACUCAGUAGAUGUCAGAAUCUGAAAAUGCCUCCAAUGGGCAUCAGUAAACUUGCCAAAGUUGAAGAGCUAACACUGUAUGACAUGAACCAGGAAUUUAUAGCUACAUUUAGAAAGGGUGGUGCAGGCCAUGCAAUGGUAGAACAUAUCCCCGUGAUUCGUUCUUUCACCAGUAUUGGCCCGUCCUCAUCAUUUGAGAAUCUUUUUUAUUUUCCUUGA